GAAAACCGUCCAAUCCCGGAACCAGGUCCCAAUGAGGUCCUGCUGCGGAUGCAUUCCGUGGGCAUCUGCGGCUCUGACGUUCACUACUGGCAGCACGGUCGAAUUGGGGAUUUUGUUGUGAAGGAUCCCAUGGUGCUGGGGCAUGAAGCUUCCGGGACUGUGGUCAAAAUGGGAUCAGGGGUGACACACCUGAAGCCAGGUGAUCGAGUGGCCAUUGAGCCUGGUGUCCCAAGAGAAAUGGAUGAGUUCUGCAAAGCUGGCCGCUACAACCUGUCCCCAGCCAUCUUCUUCUGCGCGACGCCUCCUGAUAAUGGGAACCUGUGCCGCUACUACAAGCACAGUGCCAGCUACUGCUACAAGCUUCCAGAUAAUGUCACCUUUGAAGAAGGAGCCCUUAUUGAGCCCCUUUCAGUGGGAAUCCAUGCCUGCAAAAGAGCGGGAGUCACUCUGGGAAGCAAAGUCUUCGUGUCUGGCUCUGGACCAAUCGGCCUUGUAAAUGUGCUUGUUGCUAAGAUGAUGGGUGCAGCGGCUGUGGUAAUUACAGAUUUAUCUGCCCCUCGCCUGCAAAAAGCCAAGGAGUUGGGGGCAGAUUUCACCAUUCAGGUGAAGAACGAGACCCCACAGGAGGUGGCCUCCAAAGUGGAAAGUCUGCUUGGCUGCAUGCCCGAGAUAACUGUGGAGUGCACAGGAGUGCAGGCCUGCAUCCAGGCUGGCAUUUAUGCCACUCGUUCUGGUGGGACCUUGGUGCUGGUGGGACUGGGGCCUGAGAUGGUCACUGUGCCCAUUGUGAACGCUGCCGUGCGGGAGGUGGAUAUCCGGGGGAUAUUCCGCUACUGCAACACGUGGCCUGUGGCAAUUGCUCUGCUCGCAUCCAAGCGGAUCAACGUCAAGCCCUUAGUUACACACCGCUUCCCUCUGGAAAAGGCUCUUGAGGCAUUUGAGACCACCAAGAGGGGCGAAGGGGUCAAAGUCAUGCUGAAGUGUGACCCCAAUGACCAGAACCCCUGAGAUGCCACAGUGCCCGGCCCUUUCCCUUUGUCACUGCCUGCCUGAG